UUUCUUUGUUUAUUUCCUUCUUGAUUAAGGCAAUAAGGCGAAGUUAGCAAAUCCAUUUCUACGCGGUUUGUGAGGGUGUAUAUAUAUACACGUGGAGGUUAACAAAGCGCAUAUCUUCAGUUCGACAUGUCAAUCAUGGAGGAGCCACUGCUAUCAGCGGUGAACCAAAAUGGACAGGGAGAGAGCGAAAGAUGGAGUUCGUAUGAGUAUGUCGGGAGGGCGGGUUCUGUAAUUCCGACGGCUUCGUUGGCCGGAACGGAGGUUAGCGUCGAUGAGAUUCGAACCGCCGCCGCCGCUUCCACUCCCUACCCACCUAGCCUCCAUUCCCCCUUGGUCAGCUCUCCCCAAUCCUAUCACUCCCAACCCCAUGAGCCGGGGCCGGGGUUCAACUAUCACGGUGGAUAUUAUGGGGAAGUAGCCAGAGCUACUGGUGGUGGUGUUCAGAGGCAAGUGCUAGAUGAGGUAGAGAUACGGAAGUUGCUUGUAGACCAUGUUGGUCAUCAAUGGUGUUGGGGAAGCCGUCCAGCUCGAACCUGGAAAAUCCAUGCAGUUGAGGACUGCAAUGUAUAUGUGGGAACUCUUGAGACUUUUAUAGAAGAGAGGGAAAUGAUCACAGAAACAGAACCAUACUCUGGUGGCAAUAUUGAAGGAAGGGAUAAAAAAACUGAACUUGGGAUAUGGGAAUUGGAUUUAAGGUCUGAAUUCCCUGUCUUGUUUAUACCUCACAAAGAGUCGCGGACAAGAGUUCCUCAUUCUGAAAAGAUUGACAAAUGCCCAGGUUGUCAUGGACGAGGAAGUGUAGUCUGUCCCACUUGUAAUGCAGAUCAAGACCCUGGAUUCUACAACGAGGGCCAAAUGUCUCAGUGUCCUGCUUGUUAUGGAAGAGGACUAAUUGCUCACAAAGAUGGAUCUGACUCAAUAUGUCAAAAUUGUAAAGGUAAGGGGAAAAUUCCUUGUGCGACUUGUGAAUCCCGUGGUCUAAUCAAAUGCCAGACUUGCCAGGGAGGUGGCUCACUUUUGUCAUACAAAGUAGCUAUUGUCAGAUGGAAGACACUCUCAACGCGAAAAGUGAAUGCUACAAGUGGAGCAGCCUCAGUUCCAGACGACGUGUUCCACCAAGCUAAAGGAGUCCAGCUAUGCAAUAACCAAGCGCACCAGUGCACGCCUGCCUAUUUCGCGGACUCAUAUUUCCUCAACAAGUUUUCUUCUGAGGUAAUUGCGGAGAGGGCUGAUGUGCCACAAACCGCGAGGGUCAUAUGUGAAAGGCAUACCAUCUCGGUGGUUCCAGUGACUCGUGUGACCAUGACUCACCGCAAUCGCUCGUUCAGUUUCUACAUCAUUGGAUGCAGCCGGGAGGUGUACCUGCGCGACGACUACCCUUCAAGAUUUUGCUGGGGUCUGUGCCCUUGCUUGGAAUGGUUGAAUGCUUAAAACCGUUUAUGUUUUCUUGUGAGCAGAACAGUUGAGUACCUGUGUGUAUUAUUUCGCAAAUAAAGAGUAAUGAGAAAAUUGUUUGCAGUAUGAGAAAUGUUUGGUCUCAUGAAUUGGAUGCUUCUCCGGAACGGUAGGCCGCCGAACAUGAAACACGUGAACAGAUCCAAGAACGGUCACUAUGAUUAUAUACUAUUUACAUGUGACUUUAAGUA